AUGGUUUUCUUCUAUUAUCAUUCGAAACAACUCAAAGCUAACGAAGAAAAUCGAAUCACAUCGAUUGAGAUCUACUUUUCUUUAACUUUAUUGAUUUACAUGGUUUUGCUCGAUUAUGUUGCUCGAAUGCUCCAAUCAUUAGCGAACGAACGUCGAAAAAACCAUUCGGUCCGAAAUUCCUAUCGGGCAGCGGUGUAUGACCUCGUACGUUACCAAGCACGUCCGACCAUCGUCAAAUCUUGUCUAAUUCAGAAGAAAACAACGAAUUUUUCAUUAAAUCUGGAAGAAGAUCUCGAAGAAGAGAAUAUUUUAACAUCGUUCUCGACUUUCUUUCGAAAGUUAUUGGAUCGUCAACAUCGCAUUGUUGGAAUUGUCAUUGUUAUCCUAGUUGCUUUACAUGUGUGUUCACCAAUCAUUGCACGUGAAAUCGUUAAGAAAAAGAACAGCGAGAAAACAAGUCCAUACCCAUGGUACGCACAGUUUAUCGUGAUUUCGUAUUUAGUCAUCAACUUUACACCUUUUCUCUUCUUCAUGAUGAUGAUGUUUCGUGCAGUCGAAUGUUUUAGAAAUUUACAUCGAAACUAUUGUCAAACUUUGAAUAGCGCCUCUACGGAUAAAUCUUGUAAUGAACAAACUGAAACGAGUGUAGAAUAUUACAAUAUCGAAAAAUCGGCCAACCUCGAGUAUUUUCUGUUGAAAUUAAAACGAAUCUUAGGUCGUUGUAAAACAACUCGCAUUCGAAUUCAUUUGUUUACAGCCACAUUCGGAUUUACAAUUUGUAUGACUUUACUACUGAUUUCAGUUGUGCAAAUAUUGAGUGGAACGACCCUCGACGAGUUUCAGCAAAAUCCACAAUCGAUCGCGAUAUUCAUCGAUUUAAUUAUCGUUGCUUUACCUGUGAUUUCUAUUCUCGUCGUUGUCUCGAAUAUCAACCAUGUGUCGACAACGAAACUCAUCCAAAUAAUGCAACGUGCACAUGUUGAAGCUGUCAGGAAAGUCGAAUUACAAAUUGAAAAUGGCGACAACGAGGCUCGUAGACGAAGAAUGGAUAAGAUGGAAAAUGAUUUACUCUAUUUGAAAAGUUCAACGGAAUAUAUUCGAGAUAGUUUUCAAGAAUAUCAAAUUCGACUCUUUGGGGUAUUGGUUAUAGACCGAUCGUUGGUGAUGAAAAUUUUGAUUUUAGCUGUUUCCGUCACCUUCUCGAAAAUGUUCAAGUUACUUGAGGAAAAAGUGGUCGUAGAACACAAGAAGUUGGAAUGCAAAUGUGGAUAA